AUGGCGCAAGACAAGACAACAAUCGUUUUAGAAAGUUUUGUUCACACUCAAAUACAAACCCAACUAUUUCCCCAAAAAUUUCACAGAGUACGGUCAUCCAGUAACCGUUCCGAGCACGCUCGUUCCGGCUCAUCGUCUACUCAACUACUUGAUUUCGACUCACCGAGCAAACCUGCUGUCUCCGAGCCUAUAGUCGGAGGAGGACCAUUCAUCAUCGACUUAACCGAUCGAGAAGGCGUCGACAACGAACGUGCGUCGGCAUGCUCGCAACAUGCGAGAGUACCGUGGCAGGUGGGUCUGCUGAUGGCCACCCCCAAUCAAGACGUCACAGAGGAACAAUGCGGAGGCGUGCUGAUCGACAGACGUUGGGUGCUGACAGCAGCGCAUUGUCUCGAGAACGCGACGGUCGCGAUCGCCCUUGUUGGAGCCAAGCACUACUUGACAGGAUUUCUCGGUGACGAGGGACAAAAGAUUUUGGUCGACCGAGUCGUCGUGCACGAUAGAUACGAAAACAAAGACAAAGACGUACCGAGACACGAUAUCGCGCUGCUGCACUUAACAGAGGACGCCGUCUUUGGUCCGGACGUGUUUCCUGCGCAUAUACCUCAGCGUAACAGCUCGCUGGUAAGGAACGGCACUCGAAUGAUUAUCUCGGGUUGGGGGAAAAGUCUGCAAUAUAAUAGUUCGGUUGAUUCCGACUUGCUUCGUUGUGCGCAUGUGCCCGUCGUCUCCAUGGAAGAAUGCGUGUCGGCUCAUCGGCCACUCGAAAAGAAAAUCCGUAGCGGCCACGUGUGUGUUGGAUACGCUUCCGGCGGAGUCGGGGCUUGUAAUGGAGACAGCGGCGGGGGGUUAGUGCAUCGGGGAGACGGUGGGACAAACACGGUGGUCGGGAUUAUCAGCUGGACGUCGCGCUGUGGCGAGAGUUAUACAGUUUGCACGAACGUGCAGAAAUAUCGACCUUGGGUGGUGAGAAAUGUUCCAGAACUGAAAUGA